AUGCGGAGAACCACAUACGUGAUGUCAUGUUCAAUUUUGGCGCAAGUAAUAAAAGAGCGAACAAGCUGGCGAAUCAAUUAUGAAUCCGGGAGUUUUGGGGGGGACCGGGACCUUGUUUCGUACAAAGUACACCACCGUUUGAAUGAUCGCGGAUAUUUGGUAGCCCCGCUUGAUGAUUCCUAUGCUCUGAGCCACGGGGCCACGGCGUUCAGCCCGUGA